UGGGCGUGGCUUGUAAAAAUUACAAACUUUUUAUACAAGAUUGUUCCCUUUGAGCUAGGUACACAUAUACCUACAGUCAGGGUACAGCUAUGGCGUCUCAAGUGGAGCUCCAGAACAGAUAUGCAGACCUCCUGAAGCCCAUCAAAGACCUCACCAGAAAUUGGAAUGUCGAUGUUGCAUCUCAACUUGAGGAGUACAUAGAGGAGAUAGCACAGAUCACCAUUUCUUUUGACGAUGGAAUGACAAAGAUGAACUUUGCUGAGGCUGCACUCCUCAUUCAAGGCUCCACCUGUGUCUACAGCAGGAAGGUGGAGUAUCUCCAUGCUUUGGUCUACCAAACCCUUGACCUCGUUGCCAACAAGAAGAAGCAGGGCCAGACCCUGCCCACCAAUGGGGACGCUGACGCUGACCUCUCGUUUGUUCAGAGGAUGGAGGAUGAUCAGCUGUUGUCCCUCGACGAUAUCCCAGUAGCUAACAACAUCGACAUGGAUGAACAGAUUGUUCCAAGAUUUGUGUCAACCAUCCCCCGCACUCCCCUCUCACUGGUUCCACUAAUGGAUUAUGAGAAGACCAACAGUAUACCUCUCUACAGCAACACGGGGGAGCUCAUUGGAAGCCAUCUCGACUUCAAGAUGAACACCAGUAUCAUCCACCCGUCGGGAGCGCUGUUAUUGGAGCCAUUGGAACACCUAGUGUUGCAGGUGGAGCUGAACGACGGCCGCUCCAUCGUCAUUAACCAGCACACACCUGCACAUCACAUCAGCAGUCUCCUCCCUCCUCUGGCAUCUGCUGGAGCCUCACCUGUCUUGCCGGACCCUCUCCCUGACCUGGACGAUAGUGUAUCGGUGAUGGGCGGGGCUUGUUACCAGACCACACCCUCUCCAGAGCCAAGCCGGAGGGAAAGACGAGUAAGGAUUGCCGAAGAGCAAAAACCGGACAAUCCGUGGGCUUUAUUGGACCCUCACGACCCUGGCAAUGGAACUUGGAACAAGCCGUUCAAGAAAGGAGUGACAUAUCGAGUGCCCCAAUCACUCAAGAAUAAAAAGGAUCGUAAAAGGAAGAAGCCCAAAACAUCCACACCCUCAGAGCCACUGGCAGAGUUCAUAAGGAGAACAUUUUACUCCUGCUCGUGGCAGUUCCCCAAGAACCUUCUCAAGGUACCACUCUCCUCUGAGUUCGAGGCUCAUUACUGGGAGGAGCAAAAGAGGAAGAGGCUGCAAAGAAAGAGAGAAAACCUUGCUUUAAAGCGGCUUGGUCGAGAUGAACCUGAGAGAAUAGAGGAAGAGGAUGAGGACAGUCUAGAUGACUACCAGCCUCUGGGCGGAGACCCCCCUGAUGAUGAUAUGGAGGCUGCCGUCGAGGGGGCUUUCGAGGGAUUCAACCAGUCUGGGGGGCACAACCCCUUCAUGGGGGUGGAGCCAAUGGCAUUGGACGACUCUAAGAGUGGUUUCCAUGGUGAAGAGAGAGUGGUCCAAUCAUACGAAGACCUUGUCAGAAACUAUGUGGAAUCCACCAUGAUGGGUGUGGCAGCGUACAUGCAACAGACUGACCUCUCCAAGAAGGUCCAGAAAUGGGAGGAGAGAAUCAAACCACUUCUCAUCAAGGAGGAGCAAAGACCUGUGUUUGACAUACACAAGUAUGGUGUCAGUGUUAUUGACCAAUUCAAGCAUUCAGAUCCUGACAAAAAGAGAGAGCAGAUGUAUUUUAGAGAGAUAAGUAGGAACAAAGCUGAGUCAGAGAUUUGCAGACUCUUUGCGGCUACUCUGCAACUGGCCAACGAUGGGAAUGUGCUAAUAGAAGCAGAGGAACAGAGCAACGGAGAACAAGUGGUCGAUUCUAUGAAACUGACUUUACUAUCCUCAGAGAUAUCCCACAAAGUGUCUGAGUUUACUGCACCCUCCCAAAAAAACAGUAGCUAGUGUAGCUAGUUAGCAAUUUUAUUAAUUCGAUUUUAUUCUCAUGCAGUUUUCCAUUCCAUGUCAGGUUAUAAAUCGAGGGCGUGUUUUGAUAGAGGAAUUCCCCUCCCAAUAGAGGCCAGCAAAGGAGCCCCACCCUCUUUGUGCAAGUUUUAAAAUGGAUUUCACUCCUGACUCCAUCGAAUUUGCUGGUUCCUUGGGAGAGUCUCUAGCAAGUAAUUCAGCACCUGAAUCUGUCAUUGACUGUUCUCUAACUGUUCAAGAGCUAACUCCAUGGGAGAAAUGGGUCAUAAGAAAAGCUCAGGAGGAAAAAGACAAGAGGGAACAAGACCGACAAAUUAGACAAAAAGAGAGAGAGGCUGCAAAGAUAGAGAGGAAGCUCCAGCACGAGAAGAGAAAGAAGUGUGAGAAGGCGUACGGAGAAUGGCUGACAAACAAGGCCAGGAGACAAGCCACUAGUGCUCAGAGAGAGAGCAGUGCUCUCAAAGAUAAGCUCAAGGAAAUUGAUAAG